GUUGCUUUGCCAUGGGUUUCUUUCAGCUGCUCUUUUGGGGAGGACAAGUAGUUUGACUUUAGUACUCAAUUUGAGACUUAAUAGGCUACUUGGCGGUAGUAAGCCCAGGUCCAUCAUUGGCUGGUAGUCUUCACCGGCAUCUCCUCUGGAAUGAAUAUAUCAACCAUUCAGAAGAAUCUCUUUUCUUCUGUGAAGGUGAGAGAAGGACUGGCCUUAACAACGAAUUUCGUAAAGCGCAAGAAGGGGCUUGGAAAAAGCAUUCGAAGGAACUCGGACAUCGCGCGGCCAUCGGUCAAGAUCUCCCCUGAUGGACAUCAUUACACAUUCAUUCAACGCUUCCCCGGCGGGGACUUUAGCGUCUCAUUGCGGAAGCAGAAGUUCUUUCAUUCCUCAUUCACUUCUAGGACUUGGCUCAAGAGCUGGAAAAAAAAACUUCUAGGUUUCGGAAUAGAAGGAAGGGGGCUCCCAGCAGGUAAGUCCUGCUUGAUUGCUUUCACCAGGUUUAUAAAGACUGGUUCGAAAGGACCAGGCUUCUGGCAAAGCUUGAACAUCGUAUCGUUAGCUCCUUUUAAAAAGGAAGACAGAAGAGCUGGUAGGACGGACUGUUUGAUCCCAAGAGACGGUAUGGAACGCUCGUAUAGAACCCCAUCCAAUAGAACUAAAACCGCUGGGAAUGCAACGGGAUGGAUGUCAACUGGUAAGAAUAGCCUUGGUCUGGAGAUCUUUACAACAGGAGAUCAGGAGUUAGCUCGCUUGGACGGAGAGCACGAGAAAGAAGGGGCAGUCUAA